CAACCUAAUAAAUUAUACAAAUUAGAAGCAAAACUUGUUUGUACUGCUUGUUACAAGACCUACUAUGAAGUUCUUGAUCCAGAAGACCCCAGAAGCCAGAAAUAUUACAAUACAGGACUUGGUAGAGGAACCCUUGUCUAA